CGUAAAACAUCGUAAAAGCAGAAGACAACAAUAACAGAAGUCUAAAAUGGAGGAAGCUGUGGCUUAUAAUUUUGUUUGACAUACAUCUUUAUCAGAAGAAACUUGCAGCACAUGUCCUGUUGCACAAUCUCUAUACAAAAUGAGGAAGACGGUUUAACUGUGUGCUUUGUAAACCUGUUGGACUUGCAGUGCUAGCAAGCUAAGUAAUGUAGGCUAACCCGAGAGCUUACUCUCUCUUAGCUACUUGACUGACCUCAGCUUUAAUCGAACAAAAUAGGCAAUUUUAUCAGGUGUGACCAGACUUUGAAGCGGAUAAUCGGCACACAACAACAGAAAAUAUGGCUGACUCCCCACGUGAGUCUGUUCCCUCCCGAAAGAAGACGCCCAGCAAGAGGACCAGGUUGGAAAAUGGUUCUGACUCUCUCCGUCUAAUAAAAAAAGCAGUGGUGGUCUUGACCAGACUCCCUGAAUAUAAGAUCAGUGCUCUACGACCUCCAACGCCUCAGCAGUUCUACAGUGAAGAUGAGGUGCUCAGCAGCUCUGACUCUGAUAUGCAGUGGGAGCCAGAAGGGGAUUCUAGUGAUUCAGAUUUUGUAGCCUCAAACAAUAAACAGAAAACUGCAAAACCGAAAAAGAGUGACACAACGAGACCACCCCCUGCAGCACCAACAGGCAGUAACAACAACAACAACAACAACAUGAAUCAAGUAACCCCCAUAAUAAUAUCAUCAGCCUUUGCCUAUUGCUCUCAUGAAACCACAAAGGUUCGUCCCAAUUUGCCAGAGGAAGAGGUCAAAGUGGACAUGAUGGUGCUGGCCAGGAAAAAGCCCAUGAGAUGGCAACGGGGAAAAAUAGUGGAAACAGUUACAAAGGAAGAUGGACGGGUGAAGUACAAAGUUAGUUUUGAAGAAAAAGGGAAGAGCCUAGUUUCUGGACACCACAUUGCCUUUGACCCCACACCAAAGCUGGAGCAGCUGUACGUCGGCGCUCGUGUGGUGGUCCAGUGUCAAGAUAACAAGUUCCGGUUCCAGCCUGGCGUUUUGGCAGAGCUGCCCAGUAGAAAGAACCGUUUGAGAUUCUUGGUCUUUUUGGAUGAUCACACGCCGGUCUAUGUUGGUUUACCUUUACUUCACCUGGUGUGCAGACCAUUGGAAGAUGUUUUAGAGGACCUACCAGACAGCUUUCACAAGCAUUUCAUGAAGCGCUACCUGAAGGACUGGCCGUACCCACAUUUAACCCAGUACAGAGCUGGACAGUCCUUAAAUGUAGAAUUAACCGGAGUCCAGCAGAGGUGUGAGGUGCAGGUGGUCGACUGCAGCCUGAUACAGGUCGUUUUUCAGGAUAAUCAACAAAAGGAGUGGAUCCACCGAGGCUCCUUACGACUGGAACACAUGGCUAGGUUUUUGGAAUUGAAAGCGGGGGAAGAGCGUAAGGAUGACUCUGAAUAAAAGACCAUAGAUACAGGUGAAUUAUAAUAUAGCUCUGCAGAGUAAAAAUAAUCCACCUUCAAUAAUUUUCAUCAUUAUCACCCCCAAGUGAUGUGCCAUUGGAUUUUGAAAAAUGUAACCCAAAAUUAGAUUUGCAGUUAUGAAAUGAGUGCACAUGAAUAAUUCAAGCCCAGUGUUUGUUCCAACCUGAUUUUAUUUUAUUUUUUACCUUAUAUGUAUGGUACAAAUCUGCAGAUAUAGUCACUUGGUGGACUAUUGCGAUUCCAAAAUAAAUUGUGCAUCAUUAAACAUAGAAAAAAUACUGAACAAUGGUCAUUUUCAGUUUGUUCAGAAAUAUAAAUUUAUGUCAGCUUUUGGCAGCAUAUUCAAUCGGCUGAUGUACAAACAAGCAACUGUGCGUGACACAGACAAGAAUAUUAACUUCCUCUUUUAUUUUGAACUCCUAUUUUAGCUUUCAUAAAUUGGUCACUGCUCCUGUAAAACAUUGUUAUAUCAAAAUAUAAUUUUACCAUUAUUACAAAAAAUGUUAAGCAAAAUACUUGAGGUGAUAUUGCUGGAACAUUUUGAAGAAGUUGCUACAUCCUGUGAGUUUUGGGGAGCCGUAACAACAGAGUUUGAUAUCACUUUUAAUUUUUUUUUAAUGUUUUUGAUGUUCAAUAUACCUCGUUUAUAUUAAUUUUAUUUUGAUACAGUAUAUGCUGUUUGUCUCAAGCCUUGUCAGUGGUUAAGAUUUGGGAACAGAUCAGCAUAACGCAAACGAAUCAGUGAUUCUAGAUUCAUAUUUCUUAAGUCAAUAGCCUUUUAAUUCUUUGUUGUUGCUGAUCAGCAUUUUCUCAACACUGUUCGAUUUGAUUAUUUGUUUUAUACCUCCCAUGUCCAUUUAGUUUGUGAUGCUUUUGUUCCUUUUUUUAAAUAAUCAAAGUUAAAAAAAACCUUUUACAUUGUAUAGUUCAUCAUUUGCAAGUGUGCUCAGCCCCAUUUACAGAAAUGUAUUAAAAAAUCUUAUUUCUCAA